AUGUUGUUUCUGAUAAUCAGCUCACAUGAGGAGCAGGAGGAGCAGGAGGAGCAGGACCUCCUCCAGACGUUCGUGGGAAUGAACAGCCUGCAGGCAGCGCUGAGGGAGAAACACACCCACAGCAAACAUGUGACCUGUGAGGGAAUCGAGGACUUCUGCAUCACGACAGACUUGAGUGCAGGAAAUGGAUCGGUUCCCGUGAAGGGCUGUGCCUCCAAGCUCAUCUGCUCACCUGAAGCCGACGGUCUGCCGGGAGUCCUCAGAGCAAACAGAACCUGCUGUCAGGGGGAUUUCUGCAACCGCGGCAGCAUCCGAGGAGCCGACCUCCUGCUCCUGGUGGCUCCUCCUCUGCUCCUCUCUGUGGUCCAGCUCUCCUGA